AUGGACGAGGACACUGCCAGGUACGGUCCCGACUCAAGGAACCAAGCCAAGAACCCGGAGAUUUCUGUAGUGGACGAGGUCGCUGGAACCACGCACUGGGACCUGAAUACGACACCGACGGAGACCAGAGCGCUGCACGGGCACACUGACGGAACAAAUUUGGAAAUGGAGACGAGGCGGGUGGAGGGAACCACAGUAAUCGAGGGCGAUAAGUCAACACGGUCGUCAACAAUGGAUAUCGACCCCCCGAGACCCGCACUCGUCACGGACAACAACUACAGCGACCUGCCCGAGGUGGUGGAGGCCAUACCGCCGUCAUGGGACCUCAACGACGACAAAAUGCCCGUCAUCGUCGACGAGGCAAGCGAGAAGAUCGCCGCGAUGGACGGGCAAAUAUCGGCGUCAAUGGUCUCGCCGUCGCUGGCCGACCCGGUCCCAGCUUAUCCCCACAGUCUCAGGUUCCGGUCGUCAAAUCUGAGCACGGUGCCUCUGACCAGUGACCGCAGCGUGCCGAGCUCACCGUACUACGGCCAGAUGCAGAUUCAGGACGAAGAGUCGCGCGAGGUGAAAGUGUGCGGCAUGGGAAGCCGGGUAUUCAUGUGCGUGGCUAUCGGUCUGCUGGUCUUCGUCCUCGUACUGCUCGCCACCGUACUCGGCGUAACCCUGACCAUGAAAGGGCAGAAAUCAAGUAGUAGCUCUGCAUCCACCGACAUAUUAACAAUCCUCAACACAACGCAAUUAGCUGCGGUGAACUGGACGGACACCACCGGUGUCGCUCGAUCGGCUUUGUUCUACCAGGAAUCCGAUAGCAGCAUAUUAGUCUCCCUCCGCGACUCGGUCAGCAACGAGUGGUAUUACAGCAACGUCACGCAAGCAGUCUUGAACAUGACUGGGGCGGACAACCUGGACGUUCUCGCCGGCACGCCCUUGGCGGCCGUGACAAACUCCUACCAAGUCAGCUUGUACUAUCUGACGAACGACAACUUCGUGUCAGAGAUCUGGGCCUCCGAUAUCAUCGGCGAAGUGUGGUUCGCGGGAGAACUAGGCACACGCCUGGCGCCGCAGGCCAUGGAAGGGUCUAAGCUUUCCGCCUAUUGGCAGAUCUGCGAGAACUGCACGAACUCGUUGUUCCUGGCAUACCAGGAGCCAGCCGGCAGUAUUCAGCUUUGCAAUCUUACCAACAACACCUGGUCGUUCUCGGGUCCAAUUGGUACCGAGUUGUCUACCAAUGGAACAGGGUUGGCACUGCGCCCAUUCACCGACAACGAUGGCACUGGUAAAUACGGUACGACCGACAACGCGCUGAGGGUCUAUCACUUUGGCACCUCGGGGAAGCUGUUGGAGAUCAUGCAAGGCCCGGAGACAAACUUCACCUGGGUGGACGGCAGCUCCGACAUCACAGCCGACAGUGCCGCAGCAAUGAUCAACCCCAGCCCGGGCCUGGCAUCCGUCUCAUACGGCGACCACGGGUGGACCAACAUGAUCGUGGCGUACCUCGCCUCGGACGGCACGCUGACGUCCAGCUUCUGGAACGAGAGCGCCUGGGCGAGCGGCCCGCCCACCCUCAGCGGCGGGCCGCCCGGGUCGACCAACUUCACGGCGAUAGCCACGGCGCAGAACCGCAUGAUAUACGGGCUGUCGGAGGGGGGCAUCUACGAGUACCGCUUCGACGACAGCAACCCGCUCAAUUGGAUUCACACAUCCGACGUGGCGACCAACUGA